AACACAACAACGGCGACGCAGCCGUCAGGUGACCUCGCGUCACGUGACCGUGCUCGGGUGGGGGAGUGGAGGCCUCGAGCCGCUCGAGCCGUUGCUGACAGGAUUUAUGACAGGAGCCGGUCGGAAGCAGAGCAGCGCUGAGGCUACGCGGCUGCACCUUCGUCCCGAGGCUGGAAGCGCGGCAGGCCCGCCGGUCGGUCAGCCGUUCAUUCAUUCACCCGUCUCGUCUCGUCUCGUCCUGCCCUGUCCCCGUCUCAGCGCAGCGUGCGAGGAUGACCUGGGGGCUGUGGGGCUUCGCGCUGCUGGGCUGCAGCCUGGCCUCGGCCAGCGGCGUUUACCGGCUGGACGACGCGUUGGGGCUGGCCUGGGAGUUCGACGGCAUCGGCGCCCUCAGCGGUGGCGGGGCUACUUCCCGGCUUUUGGUGAAUUACCCAGAACCUUAUCGCUCUCAGAUUUUGGAUUAUCUUUUUAAGCCAAAUUUUGCUGCCGCUUUACAAAUCCUCAAAGUGGAGAUUGGCGGAGAUGCACAGUCCACAGAUGGGACUGAACCAUCCCACAUGCAUUAUGAAGAUGAUGAAAAUUAUUUCCGGGGCUAUGAAUGGUGGCUGAUGAAAGAAGCUAAAAAGAGAAACCCUAAUAUUAAAUUGAUCGGGUUGCCCUGGGCUUUCCCAGGAUGGGUUGGGAGGGGUGAGAACUGGCCCUAUGAUCAUCCGGAUGUGACUGCUUAUUAUAUUGUGUCCUGGAUUAUAGGCGCUAAAAGAUUUCAUGAUUUGGACAUUGACUACAUUGGGAUCUGGAAUGAACGGUCUUUUAGCAGCAAAUAUAUCAAGCUUUUAAGAUACACUUUGGAUAAACAAGAGCUGCAGCGGGUGAGGAUCAUAGCCAGCGAUAACCUCUGGGAGCCAAUUUCCUUUUUCAUGCGGGUUGACUCUGAGCUACGUGAAGCAGUCGAUAUCAUUGGGGCUCAUUACCCAGGGACGGAAACGGUGCCUAGUGCAUUGCAGACAAAGAAGAAACUCUGGGCUUCAGAAGACUAUAGCACUUUCAAUGAUGAAGUGGGGGCAGGUUGCUGGGCUCGAAUCCUGAACCAAAAUUUCGUGAAUGGGAAAAUGACAUCCACUAUUGCUUGGAAUUUGGUGGCUAGUUACUAUGAACACUUACCUUUUGACCGGUGUGGUUUAAUGACAGCACAGGAACCAUGGAGUGGGCAUUACACUGUGAACCCUCCCAUAUGGAUAACAGCACACACUACCCAUUUCACACAACCAGGCUGGUACUACCUGCAAGCCGAUGGGCAUCUGGAAAAAGGUGGCAGCUACGUGUCUCUGACUGAUAAGCAAGGCAACCUCACAAUCAUCAUUGAAACCAUGACUCAUGACCACUCCAAGUGCAUCAGGCCACCACUAUUUCCCUACUUUGUGUCACCACAGAAAGCAACUUUCCACCUCAAAGGAUCCUUUAGCAAGCUGAAAUCUCUUCACAUGUGGUAUUCUAAACUUGAAUUUAAUUCUCCCAACUCCACAUUGUUCCAGUCUCUUGGACCCAUAAAUGUUUCUGAAGGUGUGUUGACACUAAAUCUGGGUCUGGAUGAGGUCUAUACUUUGACAACCUUGACAGCAGGCUUUGAGAAGCCUUUCCCAGAUCCUCCUGCAUCCCAGCCAUUUCCUUCCAAUUACAAGGAUGAUUUCAAUAUCCGCAACCCACCUUUCAGUGAGGCCCCAAACUUUGCCGAUCAGACUGGGGUGUUUGAGUACUUUGUAAACGUUUCCGAUCCAGGGGAGCACGUCUUCACCCUCCGACAGGUGGUGACGCAGAGGCCUAUAACCUGGGUUACUGAAUCAAAGCAUCCCAUCAGCAUUAUUGGCAACUACAAAUGGGUAAACCUAACAAUAACUUGCGACAUUUACAUAGAAUCAGAUGAUGGAGGUGCAUUCAUUGCGGGAAGAGUGGACAGAGGUGGGAUAUACAUCAAAGCUGCUAAAGGCAUUUUCUUCUGGGUAUUUCCUGAUGGUACAUACCGAGUCACAGGUGAUCUCAGUGGGGAAGAGGUCUUGAUGAGAGGACUGUCUGGUGUGCGAGCCAAGGCAUGGCAUACCCUCACUCUGAUUCUUACGGGCACCAAUGCGUCUGGCAUGUUAAACGGCUAUCCUCUCUGGGCGAACCUCACUGUAACGGAUCCUGGAAACGGAUGGGCAGCUAUUGGGACGCACACUUAUGAAUUUACACAAUUUGACAACUUUCAUGUCCAGGCCAGCUGAGACACCCGUCAUACUUGGACAAGCCGAUUCUUGAUUCCUUUUAACUUGAGCCAGUUUCAACCCUGUUGCCGUCGUCAUUUUGUAAUUGACAUUGGUACAGAAUUUUUGUUUCGUUUCCCCUACAGCUUUUGUGGAUGAAUUCAACUUUCUUCUAAAGUGUAAAUGCGUUUGUGUCGUCCUAAUUAGGAUUUUCUCAGAAUUCAGUUUUCUCACUUGGCAGAAAGUCUCCCUCUCUCCCCUCGCCCCGUAUAAAUGGAACUGGAGCACAGUCCUUGUCGUUUCAUUGGUGGGAAUUGUGACUGUUUAGCCUCAUUUUAAGAAAUGUGCAACAGAGACGAGACCUCAGAAAACUGCUGUUUUCAACUGUUUCAAAAGCUAUGAAGUCCAUUCCUUUUCAGAAGUGCCUGGUGUAUCUGGCUGUUAUGAAGUGCUGUGAACUGAAAGAUCCUUUUGCCUCUUUCAUACUUUAUCUGAGGUGAUGGAAUAAGGGACUCAACGGAUUUAAAUGUCCCCUUCCAGGAAAUGAAAGGUUUCACUCCUCCUCUUCUAAAGUCUUAAUUCAUAUAUCUGUUUUUAAUGAAAAGCCAGCUGCUAGCUGGCUUCCUUAUGAAGUGCCUUAUUUUAAACUACCUCUGCUAAUGGCAGUGUAGCAAAUAUGUCGAUGGUGCCUGUCACUGUUCGAAGGUUUGAUAACCCCACAACUUGCCUUGCCUCUUUGGCUUCUCUUCUAAGCUUGUCUGCCUCUUUCGGUAAAUGGAAGGGGGAAAGAAUCUGUAAAAGUAAUGUGGAUGAAAAAUCAAGGGAGAAUGUUUAUCCCCACCCCCCACCCUCACGAUCCUAAGAGCCAAUUUGCACAAGUCAGUAUGAAAGCACUUGAAGUUGCCAAGCUUUCAGCCAUGCACCAUUUGUGGGAAUCACAACCUUCAUAUGAGUCAAGUUAAAUAUGUGUCCUGCAAGGAGAAAAUAGCUCGUACAAACAAUACUUUUGCAUGAGUCUGGUUGGAACUUUAUUGGUGACCAGAGAAAUCACUGUGAACUGUCCUUGAGACAUGUAAUGCUUGUAUUGACUGCUAAUCUAUGGUGGCAAAUUUCAGGCUUGCAGGAUAUAGUAGAGCUAUGAGGUCCACCAGCUAGACAUGGGUGCGAAGUAAGGAAGGUGAUGGUGGAGACAGAGACAGGGCUUUUUGUCAGGCAGAACUCAAUUCAGACCAAAUUCAAAAGUGCAGAUAAAGAUGUUCAUUGUAGCAUUUCCUUCUUGAUGGGCUUUCACCAUAAGCAAUGAAGAUGUAAGGUCAUGACUGAUUGGCUGCAUUUAUUCCAAAGAUUUCUCACCCUUUUUGUGCUAGGGCAGAUAAUUUCUUUUUUUGCAUUAUGUACUAAAUGUAGCAUAAUAACAAUAUUUGUUUCUUGUUAAUUUAUUAAACGGUAGACUAAACUUUGCUGGGUUGUGAAUGUGUUCAACAGGUUAAUGUUUGCUGAAUGUUUGGACUUUUCAUGAUUCUUAACAAGAAUUGCCUUGAUGUUACAGCAAAAAGCUGGCAUAUGGUGGUUGACCACCACAAAGCUCAUUACCACCAUGUUUCAAAUGGGAAAAAUAAAUGCUGCUUUAAAACCUU